AGGUGGGAGUUGUUUUGGAGAGGCCAUAUACGGUUUUAUGUAGCAUGGGGAAGACUCAACAGAAAGGAAAAAGAAAGAAGGCAAAUUGACAGCAUGAAGAAGAGUACCCAGGAGAGGCUACAUGUGAUGAAGAAACCACAGUGCAGACUGAGGGCCCCAGAAAGGCUCCUCCCCAAAACCUGACCAGUGGCUGGUGCUAGCAGCUCCCAGGCUGGGACGUCCCUCUGUCUCUCUGUCCCUCUGUCCCCUCUGUCACUUGUUUACACCCCUGCAAACCCUGCUGUGCUCUCCCAGGCCCUCUCUAGCCCGCUUCUCCCCAGAAUGGGUACUUGGAAUAACCCUCUCCUGUCCCCUCUGCCUUAGGAAUUAUUUUCAAUAAUGGACCUACCUGGAAGGACAUCCGGCGGUUUUCCCUGACCACCCUCCGGAACUAUGGGAUGGGGAAACAGGGCUACGAGAGCCGGAUCCAGAGGGAGGCCCACUUCCUGCUGGAAGCGCUCAGGAAGACCCAAGGCCAGCCUUUCGAUCCCACCUUCCUCAUCGGCUGCGCGCCCUGCAACGUCAUAGCUGAUAUCCUCUUCCGCAAGCAUUUUGACUACAAUGGUGAGAAGUUUCUGAGACUGUUGUAUUUGUUUAAUGAGAACUUAAACCUGCUCAGCACUCCCUGGCUCCAGCUUUACAAUAAUUUCCCCAGCUUACUACACUACUUGCCUGGAAGCCAUAUAAAAUUCAUAAAAAAUGUGGCUGAAAUAAAGGAGUAUGUGUCUGAAAGGGUGAAGGAGCACCUUCAAUCUCUGGACCCCAACUGCCCCCGGGAUCUCACCGACUGCCUGCUUGUGGAAAUGGAGAAGGAAAAGCACAGAGCAGAGCGCUUGUACACAAUGGACGGUAUCACCGUGACUGUGGCCGACCUGUUCUUUGCGGGGACAGAGACCACCAGCACCACUCUGAGAUAUGGGCUCCUGAUUCUCAUGAAAUACCCUGAGAUCGAAGAGAAGCUCCAUGAAGAAAUUGACAGGGUGAUUGGGCCAAGCCGAAUCCCCGCCAUCAAGGAUAGGCAAGAGAUGCCCUACAUGGAUGCUGUGGUGCAUGAGAUUCAGCGGUUCAUCACCCUCGUGCCCUCCAACCUGCCCCAUGAAGCAACCCGAGACACCAUUUUCAGAGGAUACAUCAUCCCCAAGGGCACGGUCAUAGUGCCAACUCUGGACUCUGUUUUGUAUGACAACCAAGAAUUUCCUGAUCCAGAAAAGUUUAAGCCAGAACACUUCCUGGAUGAAAAUGGGAAGUUCAAGUACAGUGACUAUUUCAAGCCAUUUUCCGCAGGAAAACGAGUGUGUGUUGGAGAAGGCCUAGCUCGCAUGGAGUUGUUUCUAUUGUUGUCUGCCAUUUUGCAGCAUUUUAAUUUGAAGCCUCUCGUUGACCCAAAGGAUAUCGACAUCAGUCCUGUAAAUAUUGGGUUUGGCUGUAUCCCACCACGUUUCAAACUCUGUGUCAUUCCCCGCUCAUGAGUGUGAGGAUGUCGCCCUGAUCCCUCCGAUUUCAAACAAGUUUUCAAAUGGUUUGAGGUCAGCUUUCCUCAAACCUAUUCCUUUCUUUGCCUAUGAAUAUUUGAAAAUAAAUAUUUUCCCAGAAUAUAAAUAAAUCAUCACAUGAUUAU